AUGGCUGAGAGCAGCCUUAGGUCGGAUGGCGAUGGCCAUCGCUACGAUGCUCAAAACAGAAAAUCCAACACAAUUGAGAUACAUCGCGUGAAUGACUUCUUACUUGGCCAUGUGGGUCAAGUCUCAUACCACUCCGUGCGUGAUGAAGAUGCAGAUGUUGGGGACCUAGGCUUCAGUCGAGUGACUGAGAAGCCGCCUUCAUUUCAACAAAUCUUACCUUCUGAGGAUUGGUUCCCGCCAACGCGGUCAAGGUCUGAUGCGGCCCAUGCAGGUACUUUCAAGGACAUCAAGUCUUCCAAGUACUGGCUGCUCAAGACUCAUCCCGAGGCAUUCCUUGGAAACGUCGACCUGCAAGGUGCCAUCGCGGAGCAGCUUCGCGCAUCUCGAUACAAUGAUGGUGGUAUGGAAAGCCAGAUGGGGUCGGUCCUUGCAGUUGGGGAGAUCUCGGACCUGAGGAAUCCCUCUCGCGCCACAUCACGGCCAGCAGUGGCGGUGGCGGCUGGUGAGACUGGUCACGUUCUUCGCGUGUCUAUGAUCGGCUUGGAAAAAUGUAUGUGGGCCAACUCGUCGUUCCCAAUAGGAGCAGUGCAGACGCAAUUCUACGGAACAUGGAACAGCGAUGGAGCCCCCAUAUCAAAGAUCUUGUUUGCUACCAAGCCGAGGCAACAAGACCCGAUUCGAUGGCUUAUUGCUCAAAGAUCAACUUCAACAACCGUCUUCCGACCAGAGAUUCGGGCGAAACCUUCAGCGAAGAGGACGCAGACGGCAACACUAGACAACGCAGCUUUGCAGCACAUUGCAUUGAAUCCUGUUGUCACACUGAAUGCGGAUGCCACAGGAGGAGAUGCUCAUUCUGACUUCUCGAUCAAUAUCGGCUCAGAAGCAGAGGCUCCACAAAUUGCGAUUGUAGACAGGUCGGGAAACUGGUCCGUCUGGUUUAUCGAAAGCCAGCAUGAUCACCAUGGGAGAUCAUUAAUUCACAAGGCAGUCCUAAAGAACAGGGGAACUUGUGGGUUCUCACCAACGACUUGGCCUUCAAACCGACCGCUUCCGUUCGAGAACCAUCAUCGCAUUUCAUGGGUCUGCAAAACCAGGAGGUCCCAUGACUGGGAGCGUGACAGCAGCCCAUCGGAGACCUCUGACCCAGCAUCCCGUUCGCUCCAGGCUGACUACCUCACUGGGCGUAUGGACUACGACCCCAAGUGCGAUGGAUUGCUCAUUUCCAAUAACACGUGCGCCUCGGUCUUGGAUAUUGAUGGUGUCAAAGUUUAUUCUUAUCUCGACUUUUCGAAACGCAAAGGUGCAGACGCGCUGCUUGACGCUCAGUCUAUCAAAGGGUGUCCAACCCAUGUCUUGGCUCUGACUACCGAGAAGCUUUACGUGCUAGACAUAAGCAGUGUCGGAGACUCAGAAGCAAGCAAAUCGAACAUAUUGGUGUCAUGCCCACACUUCAGAGGUCAGACCAACGAAACUCUGAAAAUGUCGGUGGCAAGGUUGCAGUCCUCUGACGACUGGCUUGUGCUGCUUCACUCUGGUCAGAAUCACCGUGUGCAAUUUUUCUACAUGACCAUAUCCCCUCAGGAUGGAAGUGCAAGCUUUUAUCAUCAGGUGGUGCAGUACCCAGGCUUGAACACUAGUCUUGAUGGGCUUGCGGGAAUUGCAUCCCUGCACGCAGUACCUCUCCGUUUUGCUGCAUCAAAGAGUCGUUACCGUUCAGAAGGCGAUGCUGGCGAUGCGUACAUGGACGGCCAAAAGCCUCAACUCUUCCAGCUCUUUGAAUUGGCCGGUGAUCUGAGCUUGACUUCAUCAGUUGUUGCCAUAGCACCCGAGACUGCUCAGUCGCUGAGAUGGCUCAGAAAGUCGAACCAAGCUGCGUGGAAUGACGCCCAAAGGAGGACUUCGUUGCGGAAGAAGGUACUGCGGGACGUCGAAGAUGCUUUUGUUGUUCCUGACGCGGUUGAAGAUGACAGGCGACUCAGGCGCCAACUUCCAACAAAAGGUUUUCCAAGCCGCAACACAGUUCAACUGAGAUCCUAUCUAAUUAAACUUAUGAAAGAGAUCAACGAUGGCUUCUUUGGAGAAUGCAGCCUUGGAUCGGCUGGGAAUAACAGUGAUGGGCCUUUUGAUCUCAUUCAAGAUGUGUGGAGGAAACGAGAAGCCAAUGAGCACAUCGCGUUGAAGCCAUUGCUAGGGUUUAAAGAUUCAUGGCAUUCUCUAGAUCUCGCAAGAGUGGGGGCUGUGUGGAAUACCAACCUUGAGCGACUGCAAAAAUGGAGCGACGUACAGCUUUUUCAACGCGGUACAUUUGGGCCAAAAUUCGACGUGACCGACUUCUUCGAAAGAUUUGCCAUCAACUGGUCGAGCCAUCUUGCAGCUGAAUCCCUCACAGCAACCCAGUGGAGAUAUAUGCAACUUGCGCUGGAGAGAAUGGCUGCCGAGGUGUAUCUGUCAGAGAAAAGUCUGUCCAUGAUACCUCAAUCGACCCUGGACCUCGUCUCAAAGGCUAUACCGAGGAGAGAGAACAGUCAGUCCACAACCGAUGACUUAUAUGAAGAGUUGCGCUUUUCUCGGUCCGGCUCGGCCAUCACCAUGCCCACACCUUCAGCGACACCGGCAUCCUCUCGAACAACCUCUCGAGCAACCUCACAAGCUCCCGAAUCGCUCGAGACGGAGGACGAGGAUAAUACAGGGCAGGAAGACCCAGCAGUAACCCGUUUGCGCAUGUACCUUCCAUCGAUCAGGUUUACUCCCCCGCCGAAACAAGGCCAAAGCCGUGUCUUGUCACUAUGGCCUGAGCAGAGAGGCAGCAACCCCCAGCAGUACAGAUACUCGCCCACCGGCAAGGGCUCAGAUGAAGUUUCACAAAGGGCGCAGCGCAGGCGGGAGAAAGAAGAAGACCGCCGGCGCCGAAGAGCCGAGAAGAGAGCAAAUUUGGGGAUUAAGCUGGAGGGCUUUGGCGACUCGUUCAGCCAGCCAUAUGUGCCGGACGAAAUUCGGUCCAGUCCGCCGCCUCAGCUAUUUGCGAAGAGCCAAGGGCAGCAUCAGAGCUUCGGGUUCGGAAGCCAGAGUCAGGCCCCGAGCCAGAGCCAAGGCUUCGGUCCUUCCCAGACAAUGUCCCAGCCGCUCCGUGGUGAGUUCGGGACUAGGCCCUCUAUGCUCAAGAAGAAGAUCAAAGGGAAGAAGAAGGGCUUUAAGUGA